GAGCAGAGUCGGCGGCCGCGCCGAUGUUUUCGCUGCUGAUGGGCUUCUGGAACUACCUCUUCUCCAAGGCCGAGGUCCACAUCCUCAUCAUCGGUCUCGACUACGCGGGCAAGACGACGCUUCUGGAGCAGCUCAAGGGCCGCUUUGGGAAGAAGCCGGGCAUUCCGCUCGACAAGAUCCCGCCCACGGUGGGUCUCAACAUCGCCAAGGUUGACAUUUCCCGCACUAACGUCAUCUUUUGGGACUUGGGCGGCCAGGAACGAUUACGAGCCAUUUGGAGCAAGUACUACAGCGAGAGCCACGGCAUUGUCUUUGUCUUGGACGCGGCCGACGAAGCCCGUUUUGAUGAAGCCCGGUCGGCGCUCGACACCAUGCUGGCCAACGCUGAGCUUGAUGGUAUCCCAAUCCUCUUGCUCGCCAACAAGAACGAUCUCGCCGACGCCAAGGACGUUGCUGUUAUCUCGGAGCGUCUCGGAGUCGGGUCGAUUCCUGACCACCACGAGACGCUCCUUCGAGCCAUCAGCGCCCUCUCCAUGGACGGUGUCGAAGACGCAGUGCACUGGCUCAUUGGCGCCGUCAAGAACAGCGACCGAUUCGUCGCCAAGCAAGCCAGGGCAUAGUUGAUGAUAUCCAUGUUAUGCAAUACGAUGCACGUAUCACGUCCAAA